AUGCCAAUUUUUAAGGAAUCUGCCUUGGGACAUUUGAUUUCGAUGUCUGAAAAUAUAAUAUAUUUUGGAGUGUUGACACACUAUCUGCUUUUGAGGCAGAUAGAAACAGAAAAGAAACAUAAGUUGUGGUUCAUGGUUAAUGGAAAGCUAACUCGGUUCGGAAUGAGGGAAUUUACUUUAACCACUGGAUUGAAUUGUGGGGAAAUCCCAGAGCUGGACGUGGUGUUGAAAGCUUCGAAGAACGUAAGAUUGUUGGAGCAUUUUAAGGCUCAAGUAGUACUUGUUGAUGAUUUAAAGAAAUUGCUUACAGAGAACAAGAUAAAAGGUAGCGAUAAAGCAAGGAUCGCUAUCAUUUACUUUUUAGCACAAGUAGUACAAUCUGGGGACGAGAAGAAGACCGUCCCAUUGGAUUGGCUGGCGUACGUCGACGAUUUAGAUUUCUUUAAUAGCUAUCCAUGGGGCAGGGUGUCUUUUGAAUGCACUCUGCGGCCUUUGAGGAAGAACCUGAAAGAGAAAUUCCAGAAAUGG